AUGUCCGUCACCGAAUUCCCACCACUUCUUUCCGAGGAAGAUUUGCAAAAAUACAAGGUUCCAUUGCGUUGGAGAGAUCGUUGUGCUGCCUACUUUGCUCUCUACCACACAUGUCUUAUAAGACAAACCGCCAACUCGUCUGUGGAUUGCAAGCAUGACAAGCACGCCUGGGAAGAGUGUCAAAACUUGGAUUUCAUAAGAAGACAAAAGGAGUUGAAGGAAGCCAAGGAAAAGAGAAGAGCCGAAUUGAACGAAUCAUAA